AUGAAGGUUGUAAAUCUACUGAAGGAUAGUUCUUGGAGUAUACCUACUGAGAUGCAAUUAUUCAUAAACACUGCAAAUCUACCUGAAAUCAGUGGUGGUGAAGACAAACUAAUUUGGAUUGGGCAUAAAAGUGGAAAAUUUGAAAAUUCUGCAGCAUUUGAAAAAGUAAGGGACAAAGAACCAACUCUUGUAUGGCCAACUUAUAUUUGGAAGCCAUUUCUGCAUCCCAACAUUGCUAGCAACAUCUGGAAGUUACAGCAGGGUGUGUAUAUGGAUGAUAAUGAAAUGAAAAAUAUUGGAUAUGAUAUGGUUUCUAGAUGCUGCAUUUGUCAAGAAGAGCAAGACAACAUGGAUCAUACAUUGUGGCAUUGCAGGUUUAGUUUGGGAAUAUGGUCUUGGUUGUGUUCAAUUUUUGGUUUUAGAAAACCAACUUCUUUUGAAGAUAUUUGUUCAACUGCAAAAAGAAAAAGUCACAUUGUAAGAGAAAUAUGGUUAACAGCUGCAUGUGCAACCAUGAGGGAGAUCUGGUUUCAAAGAAAUAAAAUCUUAUUUGAAGAAAUGAAGCCUUACAGCAACAGUUUCAAAUGCAGAAUUUACAAACUCAUACAGGAAGGGAGCCAUAGAAUGAAAGGUAAUAAAUUGAGCCAAAACUAUGACACUCAAAUACUAUCUUUUUUCAAAAUUGGUGACAGAAGCAUCAAGUUCAACUGCAUCAAAGAAAAUUACUGGGCUGCUCCUGCAGAUGGUGUUACUCUUUUUUGCUGUGCUGGUAAAUCUUUUGGAGAACCAGGGAAUGCAGGCUUGGGUGUGAUUGCAAGGGAUUGCAACAAUCAGGUAAUUGGCACUCUUACAGGUGGAAUUGGUGUUGCUUCAUCUUCCAUUGCAGCGGAAUAUGCAAUACUUUGUGCACUUGAAUGGGCUGUUUUUCUUGAAUGCACUAAUAUAAUUAUUCAGUCAGAUUCAACUACUGAGAUUGAAUGCUUCAAAAGCACUGAACUACCUUGGUAUAUAUGGGAAAGAUGGAAGAAAGCAAGCAUGAAAUUAGCAGCAGUUACAUUUUCUGAAUGCCCCAAAGAGAUAAAUUUCACAGCAAACAAUUUAGCACAAAGAUGA